AACCUAUAAAACGAAAAUCCGUUAAAGUUAAGGGGGAAACGAUGCUCUUUAAAAUCCCGCCAGUUCUUCCCGCCUUUUCGAAGAAAAUCACCAAAGCGGAAAGCUCUCUAUUUAAGUUCAAUUAUCCAUGCUGGAAACUCACAUACAAACGCACUUUUGAAGACUUAAGUUUCUGAAUAUUUAGUGUUUAUUCUUGGAACAAAAUGCCUUCAUUCAAUACAGAAAGUGAUUUUUUCGCAUCCCCCGUGAAGAGUGAAAAUCUUGACAAUUUCAACGAUUCUCUCCCGAAAUUGGAGACACUUACACUGUAUACCGACGAAGAUAAACCUUUCGACCCCGAACUUGAGCCUCUUCUUCGUGAAAAUCCAAGAAGGUUCGUUAUUUUUCCUAUUCAGUACCCACAAAUCUGGUCCAAAUAUAAGGAAGCUGAAGCUUCAAUUUGGACGACGGAAGAAGUCGAUCUUUCCAAAGAUUUAGACGAUUGGCUUCAUUUAACACCCAGUGAGAAACAUUUUAUUUCACACGUUUUGGCCUUUUUUGCGGCAUCUGAUGGAAUUGUUAAUGAGAAUUUGGUUGAGAGGUUCAGUCAGGAAGUACAAAUACCAGAAGCUAGAUUCUUCUAUGGAUUUCAAAUUGCUAUUGAAAAUGUACACUCUGAGAUGUACAGCACAUUGAUCGAAACCUAUAUUAAUGAUCAAACAGAGAGAGAAUAUCUGUUUAAUGCUAUUGAAAAUUUACCUUGUGUUAAAAAGAAGGCAGAUUGGGCAAUCAAAUGGAUAAACGACAAGCAUGCAUCAUUUGCUGAAAGAGUAGUUGCUUUUGCUGCAGUGGAAGGAAUCUUCUUCUCCGGAAGCUUUGCAGCAAUUUUCUGGCUUAAGAAGAGAGGUAUUAUGCCUGGACUUACCUUCUCAAAUGAACUGAUCUCUCGUGAUGAAGGAUUACACUGUGACUUUGCAUGCCUUAUGUUCUCAUUGAUUGUACAGAAACCAUCAAAAUUGCGCAUCACAACAAUCAUUCAAGAUGCUGUCAAAAUUGAACAAGAAUUUUUGUCUGAUGCACUUCCUGUGAGUCUCAUAGGAAUGAACUGUGAACUCAUGUGCCAGUACAUUGAGUUUGUUGCUGACAGAUUAUUAGUAGAAUUAGGCUGCGAUAGGAUAUAUUUCCAAACAAAUCCUUUUGAAUUCAUGACCAACAUUUCAACUGAUGGAAAAACAAAUUUCUUCGAGAAAAAAGUUGGUGAAUACCAGAAGAUUGGUGUGGCAGCUAGUGGGGAUGACACAGAUUUUACCACUGAUGCAGAUUUUUAGAAAUAGAUAAAUAGUUAAAAAUAUUUAAGUAAGGAAUUAUUUUAUACUUUCAGCUUUAAAAAAUAAGUUUUAUUUAGCACCAUAUUAUAGAGUACUUAAUGAAGUCACAAGUAUUUUUGUAAGUUAUCGCUCAGUUAUAGUUGUCUGAAUAAAUAUAUUGUGUUUUU